AAUUAAGAAAACUGUACAAUUCAAUUCGGUGGCUCAAUUUUGAUACUGGAACCAAAGUGCUUGCGAUUUGGGUGAGGUAGAGACUUUAGCACUGCAUAUUUAUCUACUUCUUGGCAACAUGGCCUUGGAGUACAACUAUCUCUACGAUGACGAUCAGUUGAUUCCUUGGUAUUAUGAAACAAAUCGAAGACCAGCUGAUGAUAGAGACGGGCGUGUAAUAUUUAACAGUGGUUGGCAAAGACUAUUUCUUGGCUGGAGAGCUUAAGUCAACUUUCAUCUGUGAGGCGGAAGUUCCACUGAAGGAACACGAUUACAAACUGUUUGUGGAGCUAAUGAUGGCAAUUCCAGAGCAAAGCAGUCCUAGCAAGGAUAUAGUACUGCUGCUAGAUGUUAGUAGCAGCAUGGUGGAAGACAAGAAGUUGGAACACUUAAAAGCGGGAGCCAAGUUUGUAAUCAACAAACUUCGCCCUAGAGACCGUCUUUCAGUCGUCAUAUUUGAGGGUGAAGCCUAUAGGUUGUGCCGGUUGCUCACAAUGAGUCGUUCUGCAAAAAACAAUAUCGAAGAAAUGAUAGAAAAUCUACAGGCAGGCGGGGGAUGCAACAUAAAUGCUGGCCUUACAGAGGCACUAAAAGUUCUUGUUGAUCGAUCAGUGUCUCCGGAACGUGAGCACGCAAUUCUGCUUAUGUCUGAUGGACACCCGCUUCCUGACAAUGCAGAUGGUAGCGAGGUUUCCGUUGACAACGUACCAGUGUACACCAUCAGUUUGGGUAAUCCUCAUUCCCAGGUGCUCAACAACAUUGCAUGCAAUUAGAAGUAAAGGAGGAAAGUUCACAGUCGUGGAUGUUAAAGACGUACAUACAAGCGACAACGUUAUCCUUGUUCUAAAUAGUUUGGUUACUGAACUAUUCGGCGGCCAAAUAACUAAAGACGUUAAGUUAACUAUCACCACAGAAAGACAUUCAAAAAUAAAAGAAGUGUAUGCAGGAAGGUAUCCACAUUCCUUCGAUGAUUCUAGCUCUGUAACUAUUUCAUUUGGUCAUCUUGCCCCAGAAGAGAGACGUAGUGCCUCCGUACUUCUCGCUCUUGAAGAGGUUCAGAAGCCAUGCGGCAUGGAGGUUGCCGAAUAUAUAGUCUCCCAUGGUGAACGUCGUGAAACUUGGAAGCCCCUGCCAAUAAUUGUUACUGUAGUUCGUGCCACAACACCUAUGGUACCGAAGAGUGUGGAGAUAUUAAUUGAAGAACAUGACAAUACUGUAAAAAAGAUAAAAGAAGCUAGGGAAUUGGCUGAUGCCAAGAUGCCCAAGCUGAUGUAUCUUCAGCCAAUAUAUCAUAAAGGAUUGUGGCUCGCUCGUCGUUAUGUGCAGGAGGUUGUUUGUAAAGUGAAGACAAAACCACUGAUCCUCCCUAAAAUGCCCGAACUGUAUUUUGAAUAGAGGAAACCAAUUAUCCUCUAGAAAAUACUGAACUGUGAUUCAUGCUAAGCACGACAUGGUCAAUGCUAAUGGUUGAUGUUUAAGUGAACAUGUUUGUCUGUUUUGUACCUUUAACUUAAGGACCUGUCCAUUUCUUUGAGUUUCUGAUAGCUAGUAAUUAGUUGGUAGUCUUGAGAGAGAACCUUGUAAGAUAUUUUGGGGUAUAUUUAUGUGGAAGGAUUAACAAAAUAUAUUUGUAGAUGUAAAGUUAAUGCUCUUUAUCACUCAUAAACUAAAACAUAAUAUAACACUUGGAAUUUUGGUUUUACAAA